AUGUUUGCCCGAACCCCUUUGGUGGCCCUUGCGGGGUCGUUGGAGGCCGUGGUGCGUAUACCGGUACCGCUGCUUCUCGCAGGCUGGAUGGCUAUGCCCAGGGAUCCUCGGCUUGAAGAACUCCGUCGGCAAAUGGAAAACAACCACGGCGACCCGCCAUUUAUGAUUGGAAACGAAACGAUUUUGAAAGCGGUUCCCAAGAAAAAACCUUCAUAUAGACGUACAAGACAGAAGCUUUAUGCCCCGGGUGGAAAACAGGUGCAACAUUUGGACAAUUUGGUGAGAUGUCCAGCGUGCGGCCACUUUAAACGGUCCCAUUUUAUGUGUAUGCAUUGCUUUGCCGAGAUCCGAGACUUUCUCAAAAUGAAGAGAAAGCAGGAGUUUCCCGUGGAGGAAAACAAGUACCCGGAACUCGAUCUGGUUGACGAAGCUAUUUUGUAUCCAGGAAAACGGGUCAGCGACCAUGAAAGACGGCUCCAGAAAAAGGAGUGGAUUCCCAAGCGGGAACAGCCCAUGAUGUACGAGAAGCACACCAAGGGCCGGGACAUCAAGUGA